CUGACUGGUGAGUCCCUCCUGCCAUGUCUACCUCUGAGAAGCGAGACCUGGCCCAACAUAGCCAGAGUGGAGGUUGUGAAAGGGCAGCCCUGGACCCUGGAUUCAUUAGGAGUGCCUUGGUGCCUCAAGAAUGGGUGGCGGAAGCCGAGGCAGAGGUGGCCCCUGAGGAUUUCCAGGAGGCAAUAGAAGCUGUUUUGGAGGAGGAGGAAGAUGAGGCCUGGGUCCCCAUCGAUAACUGGUUUUUUCAGCUAGUAGAAGAGGAGGAAGAGCUAGGAGAGGAGGAGGAGCUGGGAGAGGAGGAGGAGCUGGGAAAGGAGGAGGAGGAAGAAGAACUUGAGGGGGAAAAGGAGGAGGAGGAAUUUGAGGAGGAGGAGGAGGGUGAAGAGGAGGAGGAAGAAGAAGAAGGAGAGGAGGAGGAUUAUGAAGGAGAGGAUGAGGUUUAUGAAAGAGAGGAGGAUUAUGAAAGAGAGGAGGAGGGCUAUGAAGGAGAGGAGGAGGACUGUGAAGAAGAGGAAGAGGAUGAAGACAAAGAAGAGGACGAGGAGGAGGCUGAGGAUGAGGACAAGGAGGAGAAGGAAAAGGACAGCAAAGAGGAUGCAGAAAUUGCUUGUGGCGCCUGUUCUGCUGAGCAUAGAGUAUGGGAUACGGCUACUGAGGAUAAACUGGAAUACCUUUUCCAAGAAAGUCUCCCAAUGUCUGUAUUAUUCUUCUCUAAAGAAGCGGCUGAAUAUAAGUAUGAAAAUUCUGAUGAGGAGGCUCAAGAAGCUGGAGGCAAGAAGGAGAGAGAAGAGGAUGAAAAUGAAGAACUGGAAGGAGGACUUGAAAAGGAUCUGGACUCAGCAGAGGACAGCCCCUUCAAAAAAUCCAGCUUGGAGGCAGAGAAAUAAAUAGGUAGAGAAAGAAGAAAUUAAUUUCCUCUUCAUGGAUGUUCUAGUUUUCAGUAGC